UUUGAGCUCUUGACUACAACUGUUCUGUGCUUCAGUAUAUAUAUACAUGGAAGCGCCAGUCUGUCAUUCACAAACACGCUUAACUCUGAGAGACGCACAAGCCAAAAGCAGCAAUCAUGAAGGUAUUCCUUGUACUCGCCAUUGCCGUACUGUCUGGCUGCAAUGCUAACAUCUUUUAUGCUGAUGCACCCAAGCCACAGCUUGAAGUGCUGACUGAUGCUUUCUGGGACUACAUUGGGAAGGCCACCCAAACAGCUGAUGACACCCUCCAGAUGAUCAGGAAAUCAGAGUUUGGACAGGAAGUCAAUGCCCGCCUGGCCGACAGCACUGACAUUGCCAGCCAGUAUGCCGUCUCCCUGCAGGAGCAGCUCCCCCCUGCCGCCCAAGACCUGAUGACCAAGAUCACCGCAGAGGCUGAUGUGCUGAGAAAUGUUCUGACCAAGGAGCUGAGCACUGUCAGGGGCAAGCUGGAGCCCUACACCGACGACAUGAAGGUCCAGAUCCAGCAGAGAGUGGAGCAGCUCAAACAGGAGCUGGCCCCCUACGCUGAGUCCCUUGACACCGAGGCCCUGAGAGCCACCCUGGAGCAGAAGAGCGAGGAGCUGAAGCAGAGUGUGAAGGACCUGCAGGCUCAGUUCGGGCCCUACACCGAUGACCUGAAGCUGAAGGUGGACCAGCACCUGCAGGACUUCCAGGAGCGCGUGGCCCCCGUGACGGAGAAGGUCCAGGUGGAGCUGAUGCAGAGAGCCAAGCUGGUGAAACAGAUGGUGGCCCCCUAUGCUGAGGACCUGAAGGAAAAAUUGGACCCGUACGCCCAGGACCUCCAGGCCCAGCUCACGUCCCUCUACGAGUCCUUUAUCAAGGGCAACUAAGUCCACCUCCACACCUACUUCAUCGUUCAUCAGGAUGCCGACCUCUGUUGGAAGCAUGUAAUAUACUGUAAACCAAAUUAAACUAAUAUUUAUUACAAGUUGCAAAGCUCUGCACUUGGCGAAAUUGUAAAUAUUUGUGUUUUGAAGUUGGAAACUGUGACUUUUUUGUAAUCUCUGUUAAGUUAUCAAAAAUAAAUACUUGCAUCUGCAAACAA